AUGAGCAGUAGAUUAAGGGUAUAUUUGGAUGUUGGAAUUGGCCUAAAUCUGAGCGGCAGAGUAGUAUUUGAAUUUUUUAAUGAUGUUUCUGAACGCUUAGUAGAGAAUUUUAAAGUUUUAUGUCAAGGAGAUAGGACCACCUCCGUUCGCGGCAGGAUUAGGAAACUUAGCUAUGAAGGCUGUAAAGUAUUUAAAGUAAUUAAAGGAGAAUAUCUCCAAUGCGGUGAUUUUAUUAACAACGACGGCACUUCCGGUGGUAGUAUCUAUGGCGACUGCUUCAAAGAGUAUCCCACCAAUAGAUUACAUUCACAAGCUGGUCUUCUUUCCAUACAAAACAUUAAUAGUAAUACUGAUAAUGUUGCGGGCAGAAGAUACGGGUCGCAAUUUUGCAUACUAUUUGGCAAAGUAGUAAGAUUUGAUAGGAAUAAUAUAGUGAUUGGUAGAGUAGUGGAGGGCAUGGAGUUUAUAAGAGCAAUAGAAAAUGUACCAGUAGAUAAUAAAUUUAAACCUAAAAUUGAAAUUGGAAUUCUAUCCUGUGGUGCCUUUACAGCUACUAUACAAAAUAUUAAUGAUUCAACUAAGCAAAAGGAAUUAGUACAAUCUCUGAUGGAUACAAUAAAGUCAGAUCAAUCUGGAGAUAAGUCUGAUUCUACGAGCACAGAUGACUCUAACGACCUUCAACCUGAGUGGGUUGGAGUAAAAUGUGUGUAUACCGGAAAGGAGAAUAGGAAAAGAUUACCAAAUGAAUCCAGUGCUAAUACUUUAGGCAAAAAAUUAUUAUCUGAAUCACUUCAAGGUAUUAAACAUCAUUACAUUCCCAUACAAUCUGAUACAAUUACCCAUGUUACUGAUUCACCUGUGGAAUCUACACAGGAUCGUGUAGUAAAAGAACAGGAUACUGUAGAAUCUGUGGAACAAGGAAGUGUAUUGCACGAAGAAGAACCAGAGGAACCUGAGGAGGAAGUUGACGAUGACAUAACUUUAAGAUUGAAGAAAUUGAGUAAUAAAAUGAAUGAAUGUAGUAGAUUAAAUAAUGAUGAGAUAAUAAUGGAACAGAAGAUUAAGAGUAAUCCCAAAUCCGAAUUAUAUAUUUCAAAGAAUCAUAUUAGCAAAUCCGAAGGGAAAGAUAUCGAUAAGGACAUUUCUUCUAAUUUGUCAAGAGAAUUAAAUGUAUCCAGUAACAGUAUUCCAUUACUCAGUCAGCUAAUCAGUCCGAAUACUAGUUAUCCUUACAUAAUAAGUGCUGGAAUGGUUGAGAAGUUGAGUAAAAUUGAAAAAACUAAAGAAAAAAACAAAACCUUCGGAUGGAACAUAUUCAAUCAAGAUGCACUAUAUAGAGCACACAAAAAACGAUUGAGGGAAACGGGGUUUAAUCCAGAUUUGUAUGAGAAACAAAAGAAUGAAUUGGGAGAAGAAUUUUAUAGGCCAGGAAUUGUUAAUUUUAAUCCUAACGAAGCGAGUAAAGAUGUAGUAGUGAGAAAUGUAGAAAAACAAUAUAAGAAACGCGAUGCAUUUAGUAGAAGAAGACUUUACGACGACGAAGCUCAAGAUAUUUCUUACAUCAAUGAACGCAAUCGCGUCUUUAAUAAGAAACUUGAACGCUCAUUCGGUACUUAUUCCAAUGAAAUCAAACAAAACCUCGAAAGAGGAACUGCUCUCUAA